AUGGCGCCCGUGCCGGCGACCACCUACAGCCCGCUGCUCCGAGCCGUCUCUUUAGCGCAGAGCACAGCCCUCCGCGCCCCCUUCGUCGUCCGUCUCUGCUGGCGACCUCCACCACCAUGCGCCGCGCGCCCAACCUCCAGCUCACGCCUGUGUCCCUCCAGCAUCGAUGAGGACCACCUCCGACCUCCACGUCCUCUGCUUCACCUCCUCGCGCCCGUGCUCCUCCCGUUGUUUGGUCUUCCUUACCCACCUAUCAGGGACGCCAUGGCUGCCGCCCCAUGGAGUUUCAUCGGCCCAUAUCUGGCCGGGAACCAAACGAGCCCCGUGCCUGCUGCUGCCGCUGUUUUUCCCUCUGUCAAACGAAUGAACACCUUCCCCGGAGACUGCCAAGACCGUUCAGGAUUCGCCAAGUACCGGUUCGAGUACGACUAUCGCUGA